AUGUCCGUCUGGCUAUCUAAAGCCCAGCAAGCCGCCCACCGUGCUUUGGUGUGGUCACCAGUUGUUGCUCCGCCGUACGUCCGGCAUUUUGCGGCCUUUAGUUUUUUCUGUUUUGUGAGCGACCAUCUCGGCGUAUUUGUUUGUGGAAGCCCUUACUACUUAUUCAAAAAUUCUUUUACUAGUAUUCUAUCUAAAAUGAUAAAAUGUAUUUUAGUUUCUUUGUGGAAACGAUUAACAUCACACUGCAGUGAGACUAAAAAUAAACAUUGGUUAGAAUUAGCAAAAGAUUCAUUUUCAAACGGAAUCAUAGAUGACACGAAGAAAACGUUACACAUACUUUGUUUUUGUAUACCUUUAUCGGUAUUUUGGAGCUUAUUCCACCAACAACACACAACUUGGAUUUUUGAAUCAUUACGAACAAGCGACCAUUUAAUUGUCAUACCAUUUAAAGUGUACAUGCUACAAGUGGUAAAUCCCUUGCUCGUGCUGUUUACUAUUACAUAUAUGAACCGUGUGACUUCAAAAUCAAUGAAAACUAUGUGGUAUUUUUGUGUGGCCCUCGGGAACUUAGCUGUAAUUUUUUUCAACAAAUGUGUAAUGUUUGGAAAGAAAUCCAAUAUGUUUGCUUUCAUUGCGCUUUUAACAAUAAUCGUCACUAGCAAUUUAAGUAACACGUACAAAAAAUGGUAUUUCAAAAAAGAAACGAAAAAUGAAAACAACAGAGAUAACGCUAAUUUAGGUAUGUUAUUACAAAAUCAAUUAUCAACUAUCGUUCUGAAAACGAAGAAAUUAUAUUCAAGACAACAAUCAGUAAAUAAUAUUGUAUUGAACUUAACAUAUGUUAUAAUUUUUAUAGUUUAUUUAAAUUUAUUAGUUUAUAAAGUUUUGUUUAAAAUCAAAUUCCUUAAAAUAACGAUAACAAUGAAAAGCGUCUUAAACGCAUUUAAAAUGUAAAUAUUA